GGGGGCAUCUCGGACGCGGGGCUGCUGCACCUGUCGCACAUGAGCAGUCUGCGCAGCCUCAACCUGCGCUCCUGCGACAACAUCAGCGACACGGGCAUCAUGCAUCUGGCCAUGGGCAGCCUGCGGCUGUCCGGCCUCGACGUCUCCUUCUGCGACAAGGUGGGGGACCAGAGCCUAGCCUAUAUCGCACAGGGCCUGGAUGGCCUGCGCUCCCUCUCCCUCUGCUCCUGCCACAUUAGUGACGAGGGCAUCAACCGCAUGGUGCGACAGAUGCACGGGCUCCGCACCCUCAACAUCGGCCAGUGCGUCCGCACCCGCAUUACCAAGCGGGGCUUGGAGCGCAUCACCCAGCUGCCCUGCCUCAAGGUGCUCAACCUGGGACUUUGGGAAAUGACUGAGAGCGAAAAGGUCAGGUGAGAGGAGGGGGGCGCCCCGAGACCUCCCAUCUCCUCUGGAGGGACUCACUGGCUGACUGACUGACUGACUGCUGCAAUGGAGGAGCUAAAAAGAGAGGGGCACGCACAGACCCAUGCUACCCACGCACCCUGGCACCGGAGGGAGGAACAUACAGAAAGAGAGUAUAUCCUUGACCCUUCUGUGCUGCUACCCACCCUUGCUCUGGAGGAGGAGGAGGAAGGGGGGAGCAGGAGGAGAGAGAGAAACCACCUGUCAUUUCUCCAGGUCACGCCUCCAGCUCCAGCUCCAGCUGGGGAGACAGAACUCCCCCUUCCCCCCCAGCAUCCUUCCCUGGGGAAGAGGUAGAAGCCCACACUCUUAUGCACUGGGGCUAGAGACACCCCUCUUUAUCCCCACUCCCUUAUUCCAUCCCCUCGUGCACUAAGGAUGGAUAAAGACAGACCCUUGUUCUGCCAUGUUUUCAGAAUAGAUUAUUUUUGGUUUAUAUAAAGGAGAGUGGGAAUGGAGACGGGAACAAACAAUAACAACAGCAGAAAAGGCUUCCUAGCUACACUUAAUGUACCUGGCCACCCAGUCAUCCUGUGCUGGGUACAGACACAGCUUUUGGUA